AUGAGAAGCUCUGGCCUUCGAGUUCCGACAAUAUUUCGGGCUUUUGCAAAUCAAAGUGGUGGAUUCGAGAUGGUUGGGUUUCAGGUGAAAGACAUCUAUAAUGCAAUUGAGAAGCAAAGAAGAGCUGGAGCAAGCGACACGGAUAAUGCACUCAAGUAUUUACAAAUGUUGAAGAGGCGUGACCCCUGUAUGUUUUGGAAGUAUUCGUUGGAUGAACAACGGAGGCUCCACAAUAUAUUUUGGUGUGAUGGUGCAAGUCAGUAUGAUUUCAAUGUUUUCGGAGAUGUUAUGGGGUUUGAUGCAACGUACGGGAGGAAUAAGUACAAAUGUCCCCUUGUGAUAUUCUCUGGCGUGGAUCACCACAUGCGCACUGUUGUGUUUGGAUGUGCGGUUCUCUCAAAGGAAGAGGAGGAAAGCUAUGUGUGGUUGCUUCGGGCAUUUCUGGAGGCCAUGAAAGGAAAGGCUCCUAAGUCCGUUAUUACCGACGGUGAUCAAGCCAUGAAGAGUGCGAUCAAAGCUGUAUUUCCAGAAGCACAUCAUAGAUUGUGCAGCUGGCACUUGCUACGCAAUGCGACCGCUCGAGUAGGUAUUCCACGGUUUAUGACCAAGUUUCGUCUUUGUUUAAUGGGGGAUUUAGAGGUCGAUGACUUUGAAGAUAUAUGGAAUGAUGCAGUUGAAGAAUUUGGGUUGCAACAAAAUUCAUGGGUCAAGGAUAUGUAUGAGAAGAAACAUAUGUGGUCGAAUGCCUACAUUAGGGGUAAAUUCUUUACUGGGCUUAAGAUAACAUCAAGCUACAACUUGAGGGAAUUUAUUGAGCAUUUCCAACAGUAUUUAGAGUUCAUGCGUAGGAGAUUAGUGGUUGCUGAUUACAAAUCUGCUUAUGGAGAACCGGUUGUGAAAACAAGAUUAGAGGAGUUAAAGCGGUUUGCAGCAGCAGUAUACAUACGAGAGGUCUUUGUCUUAUUUCGGGAGGUGUUAUUACUAGCUAGCAAUGUCAGAGUAGUUUCUUCGAAGAAGACAAGCACGUGUACAUUGUUUGAGGUGGCCAUGUAUUGCCAAGGUAGAUCAUGGAACGUUUCGUGGGGGGAGAUAGAUGAUGAAUUCAGAUGCUCUUGCCUGCGCAUGGAAUCUUUUGGAAUCCCCUGUGUCCACAUAGUUGGUGUGCUUGUUAGACUUAACAUGGUUGUUAUUCCAGGUAGUCUUAUACUGGGUCGUUGGACAAAGAAGGCAAAACAACCACCGAUAAAUAACCAUGUUUUUAGUGGAGAGAUUCCUGAUGCAGCCUAUAUGAGUAUGCAUGCGGCAAUGCUCGAUGACUGUAGAGAACUGGUAAAGCUUUCUUGUAGUAACUUUGAGGAUUACUUCGAGGUGAAGACCAAAAUAGCUAAUGAACGAGACGCGUUAAGAGAAAAGAUCCGAAAAAGGUUGGCGACCACUGCUGAGGGCGGGGGCGAUGAUGCGUCAAUACACGAUCCUCCAAGAGCCAGACAUAAAGGGUGUGGUCGUCAUGUUGUGACGACUCGUGGGAGGUACCGGCGUGUCCAACGUUGCAGAAAGUGUGGCAAGGCUGGCCAUAAUGCUCGCAGAUGCGCAACCGGGAAUGGUGACGACACCACGCAUGAAUUAGAUGCUUUUGGAUCAUUGCACAACAUGGACGAAUCACAAGAAGCCGAGGCUUCACAACAGAUGGAGUACAAUGAUCUGAGCUUUUAA